AGUAUUCUUAUAAUCUUUUGAGUCUAGCAUGGAAACAACUCAUCAAAUAUCUGACCUCCUCACCAAAUUCAGCUAUGCCUCCACCAUUAUGAAAUAUUUCGGAAGAUACUCUGACAGCCAGAUAGUACUGACACUUCUCAGUAGAGAAACAAGCAAGAUGUGGACUGACUUCAAGUAUGCAUUCAGAAUCUGUUUUCUAAGUACUGAGAAUAUUUAAUACAUUUGCAUCCUCUCCUCAUCAAAGGGAGUUUAAAAAGAAACAUAUGGAACACCAUAAGGGCUUCAGCCAAGAGUUCUACGACUUGCUCAUUUCAGAAUUCAGAUAUAUCAGCUAUCUGCCGAAGAUAAAACUUAUAACUAUCAGCCAAAUUGAAUUGUUAUCAGAUUUCAUAAGCAAAGUUGAAUAUCCAGAGCAUCUCCAGCUUGGAGAAGUACAUAUCAUUUGUAAGAACAAAGCACCAAGUCCAGAAAUAUUGAACACUCCCUUCAACGCAUUGGUUUCCAGAGGUAUCUCCACUGAUUGCAUCAAAGUGACCCUGCCAGAAUUCUUUAAGGCAGAAGAAUAUCAGGGAGCCUUGGAAUAUACAAGCGAACUUAAAACAUCCAUUUUCGAACAAGCAGAUUAUUUCAAGAAAAUUGGUAAUUUGAAAUGCACCAUCAGCAACAAAGAAACUGCAGAAAUCUUCUUUGGGUUACAAACAUCAAUUUCUGAAAUAUCAAUAACCUCCGAUAUUGCUGAGAUGUUAUUGCUUUCUGAAGAACUCAAAGUUCCAGAAUCAGUAUCCUCAGGUAUAAAGAAAAUUAACCUGAGAGUACUUAGUCCAACUUGUCCUACCAAAGAAAACCUGAUACAAAUUUUCUCCAAUUUACAAGAAAUUUACUAUGAUUUCACUCUUUGUCGAGCCAUACUGAGCAGGCAUGACAUUUACACAGUCUACACUCAUAACGGAUCGAGCUUUGGAAGACACGAUAAUGAAAUAAUUAAAGAAAAGAAAAUUAGACUAAAGUUCAAUGAUCCCAUUAUUAUGAAAAACCUGGACGUGUUUUACUAUAACGAAGAGUCCAAAACUACCACUGCAUUUCAUGUAGAAAGGCUUGAUUUAUUUGCAGAUGAUAAGAGCAGCUUUUAUACUGUUAGUCAUGAUUUUAUAACACUCUCUGAUUUCACAUCUUGUACUUAUUACAAUGUUUCCAGCUAUAACGAAGUUGAUUUGGUCUCGUUCAGUGAUUUUAUCCAAGCUCAUCCUCUCCCUGGAGAUGAAGUAAAAUCAGUAGUUAUUCAGAAUACAGGAUAUCACAAGAUAUCAGACUCCAACCAAUUCUUAUUCGGGAGGCAAAAAGAAGUCGACCAGGUUAUUCUUCAGAAACUCGAUAGUUUACCACCCAAGAAAGUAGAUUCCUUAAUAUCCAAACUAUCAAAAGUAACAAUUCAUUCUUCGUUAACAGUCAAAGCUAAAGUUGGCAACUCAUGUGAAGCUUUGAUGCUUCUCACUAAGCUGCCUAUCACUCACCUUGAGUUGUCCAUUGACAACAGUGAGUUGAGCAAGAUCAGCAGAAAAGAUAGACGAGAACUCGUCGAAGCAAUUGUCGGAAUGGAAUCUCUCCAGUCUUGCUAUCUAUCUUUAGACUUUUCUAAGACCAAAGUGUAUAUGAGAAGCAUGACUGCCCACAACAAGCGCAGUCUCCCUGGAGUACUAAACUCCUUAAUCUCAAGCGCUUUAAAGAAAGUACCAGAGACUGAUUUCCUUGAUGAGAUCACAGUUUACGAUCACUAACAGAAUCGAUUUUUCCAAGUCAAAGGGAGAAAUAGAUUUUAAC